AUGGACUCGACGAUACCAACGGACUCAGCAUGUUGGAAAGAGGGAAAAGAAAUAUUUCUUAAAUCUCUUCAAGAGAGUUCAAAACCACCGACAAAGCUAACAAUUGACAACUUCCUUAAGGACAACUGGGAUCUAAGUCGAACUAUAGCGAAUUGUGAAUCACUCCAGGCAAAGGCUGAUGGCGAAUACAACAAAAAGAAGGGGGGUCGGUUCGUACGAAAGUUGCUCGAUGGAUUGAUGAUGGUGAAGAGUAUUGCGGACCCGUUCUUGGAAUUUGCCCCAGAAACCGUGAGCAUUGCGUGGUGCGCUAUUAGCGGGCUCAUUACGAUUGCGGCGACAGACGUCGAAAACUGUGGAGUUAUUUCUGACGCCUGCAACAGCAUUGUUUCUAUAAUUCUCACUUGUAGGAUCUACGAAAGUCGCUAUAAUGGAAAUUUGGAAAAGAUCGGAGAUAGAGAGGUCGAAUCUAAGAUCAUGCAAGGAAUCCCUAAUAUUAUUUCUCUCAUAUUCGAAUUUUCCUGGUACAUCAAGAAUCACUUAGGAGAGAGCCGAAUCAAGCGCACCUUUAAGGAGGCAUUUUCGCCUAAGUUAAAGGACAAAGUGCAAGCAAUCGAUGAUGAGUACCGAAAGGUUAGGGGCAUUGCGAAUGAUGCGUUUCAAGAACGAGUUAUGGAUUCAGUUGAAGAUAUUAGGCAGGGCAUGCAAAGAGAUAAGGAAGAAGUGCAAAAUAUGUUGUUUCCAGCCCUCCAGGAUAUCAGUGACAAGUUGAAUGAAAUCCACAUUGUCAAAGGUACACUCGACAUUUUGAAACUUCGUCAAGAUCUCCAGUCAAGACGAAAACUCUUUCGCCCCAAUGAAACUCAUAUUCGAAUAUUUCGGUCAAUUUUCGACCCUGUGGCAAAUCAUUCGGAGAUUUUAUGCCAAUGGUUAUUUACGGACAAGCAUUAUCUUUCAUGGGAACAAACUCCGCCCCAGAUGCAAAGCAUGGAGGAACCUGGGCUCCAAACCUCAGAAAUCAAUCCUAACGUUUUCUAUAUCCGCGGAAAGCCAGGCUUUGGUAAGUCUGUAGCAAUGUCCUGUGUCUUACAGCGACUUACAAGGAGGUUGAAGACCCCUGUUUGCUACUUCUUUUUCAGACAAGGAGAUGAUGCGACCCAGAUUACUCUUAGGGCUUUGGAGAGCCUAGUUGCUCAAAUUAUUGAUGAGACUUGGGUACAAUCUGAAGUAGAGCUCACCCAACUAGUUGCAUUGUUUUCAAAUAUAGGGGGGCAUCCAGAACAGGAAGAUGAAGGUGCGACUGUAAACUUGGCGAUGGAUUGCAGCGCACUUGUGGAUUUAUUAGGAAGGGCGAUCAAAAUUCUCAAUAAACCGGUGUAUAUUGUACUUGACGCUCUCGAUGAGUGUAUUGAUCAUGAUUCCCAGGGGUUGGUACAAAACAUCUUGAAUCUUGUUAGCAUUUCAAAGACGACAAAAUUCAUGUUUUCGAGUCGGAUCGGUAUGGGGUUUGAAAAGCUUUUAUAUGCUCCAACUUUUUCUACAGAUGAAGAUGAACUUGAUUGCGUCGCGAGCGAAAAAACAGUCGUCAUGACAGUUACAGAAAAACGGACAUCGGAGGAUAUGGAAUUAUACCUACGACAAUCGCUUGGGAAAAUAAUGGCUCGCAGGAAUUUUGGGCAUGAGAAGACAUCCCCUCUAGUUCUAGCAUCUUUGGAAAGCACAACAAGAGUUGUCUCUAGCAUCAAGCAAAAGGCGAAUGGGAUGUUUACGUAUGCAGCCAUGGUUAUUGCUAGUUUGGAACAGCCGUCUUCGCUCACGCUAGCGCAGAAACUAAAAAAGCUUCCCGAUGGCAUGGACGCACUGUAUCGUGGAAGACUCGAAAGCAUGGGAGCAGAGGAGAGGAAAUUAAUUCUUUUAGCACUAAAAUGGGUCACCUGGGCGACGGAGAAAGUUAACGUUGUAGUAAUUGCAGAACAUUUUAAAAACAUCUACGGAUCGGAACCAACUGAUGCUAACGAAGAGUUUGAGUCCCCAGCUUUCGAGGAUUUUGAAGAGCCGAAGCAAACCAUUCAAGAUCUUAUCAAAGACCCUGAAAUUGCUGAAACAAUAUAUCACUUGAAAGUUAUUGGAAGGGACUUUUUUAGAAUCGACGGGGAAACUUACACAAUAGAUGUUGUCCACAAAUCGGUUCGAGAUUGGGUUGAAAAUGAGGCUACAAAGGCAGAUGAUAGAGAAGCUAUGCUAAAAACCAUUACCCCAUCUUUUAUUUUCGAUACGAAUGGAGGCGUUAAGGUGUCGCUGCAACUACCUGCCACGUUUACGAACAAUGGAGGUGGCACCCUUUGCUUCCAGAGCAAGCGAGAAGCAUAUCUUGAUUUUGCAAUUUAUCAGCUACACGUUUUAAGCCAACCAAAUUUCCAGAAACGUCACAUGCCUUUUGAGGAUCUAUUGAAUACAUCUCGAGAUGACGAAAAGCAAGAAAUUUCACAUCUGGGUUCUCAAAUUAAAGGAGAUAUUGUCGAAGCGACUGAAAAAUCUAAACACCAGCAGAAUGCACCAGCCCGACCCUACCUUGAAAAAGGAAUUCGAAAUCAAGGCAACUUUACCUUAAACUUUCAGAAGGAAAAAAGAGAAUACCGGUAUGAGGUUCACACCCUUAUAAACCUUCUGAAUAUUAUCGGAAACACAAGCAUUUGGUCAGUAGAGGAUAGAAAGGGAGAAAAAUGGGAUCGCUUUUGGAGAAAGUUCACGGAAUUUGUGCAGCCUAAGAAUUAUAAGCGAUGGAACAUCCAGUACAACCAGUUUCAACUAAAUAGAUCGGAAUUAGAUGCCUACAGACCAACUUUAUACCAAAGUAUUCUUCAUAUCGCUGCAAGGAGUGGCCUUCUUAUGAUUGUUGAAUAUCUUCUCGAAAAUAAAUUGGCUGGUGUUGACGACGAAGACGGCAACGGGUCAACGGCAUUGGCGAUUUCGGAUAUAAAUCCUGAAUUGUGGAAGAUUUUCCUAGACCAUGGCGCGGACAUUUCCAAAGUCGACCCAGUUUCAGGCGAGACUAUCUGGCAGAAAGCAUGGGGCCAGCUAGUUUUGAAUUGCGACUCAGGCAAUGAGCCGCUCGUGAAAUCAAUCGAAGAUUGCUGUCAGCUUUUAAUUCCGAAGGAAACAAAUGUCAACCAACCUUGUGGAUUUGCAGUUGGUAAUGGAUCUGCACUACAUAUUGCCGCUUUAUCUGGUUCCUGGCCGCUCUUUGAUGCUCUUAUGAGGCACCCUGGUAUUGACGUUAAACUCAAAGAUCUAGAACAGAACACGGCUUUACAUCAUGUUUUCGACUGGGUUGCAGCAGGGUCAGAAGGAGUCCGGAAUCAAAUGGUAGGAGCCUUGAUCGAGGCGGGUCUGGAUCCGAAUGCGGAAAACAGCCAUAGCGCUACGCCGCUACCGUUUGCUAUAUCCUACCAAAUGGAAGGGGCCGUGCGAUUGCUACUAGAAGGAGGUGCUGACCCUAAAGAUGAGUCUAUUGGAGGUUAUUCUGCCCUCCACUGGGCAGCUGCUCGUCGAAUGAGAGGCCAAGGCUAUACAGACCAUGAAAAGGCACUUCGGAUUUUUGAAGUCAUUCUAUUGAAUGAUCCGGCUAUCGAUCGAGAGACGCCGGAUGGAACAACACCACUCGAGAUGGCUUUUCAAACAUGGAAUUGGGAUUUCGUGAAAGCUAUCAUGACAGAGUAUGAAAAGAAAUAUGGCAAGAAUCUAGAGUAUCUCGUGCGGCGAGAUUCUUACAAUCGAAACUUUCUACACCACUGUACCUUCAACUUGAGAUGGGGACUAGAAAUCGCGAAGGAGCUUAUCCCCUUAAUCCCGAAGGAAGGGCUUACAGAACUCGGUGAUAAAAGCACAUUCCUAGGUGGAAAGGUUAGAGACCUGCCGGGCGUCUCGUCAAAGCAAAGAAACAGUGGGGGGACUCCUUUGCUCGACGCCUGUCAAGAAGGCAGAGCCGACUUGGUAGCCUUGUACCUAAAGGCAGGCGCUGAUAUCGGCGCUAAAUCAACAGCGCACCUGAAUUGUCUUGAAGAAACAGUGAUUGGGUGGUACCGUGCUAAAAAUAAAGUAUCUGGUGUUGGAGACGAAGAAGGGCUAGAGACGAGUGAAGAGAAGAUCAAAAGAUAUGAAUCCUGUUGUCAUCUUAUCUUAGACUCCAGCAAAGAGAUGGUUCAAUCAUCCAGCCCAGCUAUCUUACAUUAUUUGGUAGCAAAGGGCGCCCUUGGCCUCGUAAAACGUAUGAUGGAUUGUGGAAUUGACUACACCUACGCAGAUGUUGAGGGUUGGACAGUAGUUGAGUGGGCAAACGCUUUCAAACAGCAGGGUGCACUUGAUUUAAUAGCUGAAAUGGCUAAAACUCGGAAUGGAGGUGUCGGAAUUGAUCAAUCCCCGAAACAACUACAGAACCCCACGAAACUAGUCAGUGAACGACAUCAGACAUUACAAAAAGCUUCCGAUGUCGUAUUGUCGAAUAGUAGCCUUACUUUCGAGGUCCCAAUCGAACCAGACACUAACGGAGAUGUUUCUGGGCUCCUAGACAGGAAACGAGACGAUGUGCAAUCAGUGGCGUUUGACAGGCCAGUAUCUCCUACAUCAGGAGUAAGCUACUUUGAGGUGACAUUCGUUGAAGGAGACGCUAAACUAAUUUGCCUUGUUGGGUUUUCCGGAGAGUUCUUCCGUUUAGAUCGGGCUACAGGAUCAUCUAUGGAAGCUGGCGAUGGCUCUUUUGGGCUUCUAGGCCUAACCGGUGGCAUUUUCACCAAUUCGAAGCCCGUGAAUCGACAUACGCUAAGGAGCCCUGCUACUGGUGGGGAUUUGACAUUUGGGAAAGGUGAUACGGUUGGUUGCGGCCUUGAUAUAAAUCAAGGUCUCAUAUUUUAUACACUUAAUGGAGAAUACGCCGGUGUGGCAUUUGAGAAUGUAUACGGUCGUUGGUACGGCACUAUCUCGUGCGGGACGGCUUGUGAGGGUCAAGUCAAUAUGGGUCAUAAGCCUUUCAUGUUUGAAGAAAUGAACGAAUAUUUGGCAAAUGAGAAAGUUUAA